CGGAAGUUGAGGUGAGAGGGCAGGACAAAGAUGUGUGAUCUCUCCAUGAUGACGUUUGUAUGAAGACACAAAGGCAAUUUGACACUGUAAAAUGCCAAGGAAAAGAAAGAGUCUGGUUCUUAGUCCUUUAAGAAAGUCCUCAGCCUCUACUUCAGCUAGCUGGCCACCGCUGCCAUCAUCUUCAUCUUCUGCUGUACCACCUCUACCACAAGCAAUGAGUAAUACAUGCAAUGAGAGGCUGCUUAGCAGAAUGUGCGAGAUGUUCUCCAACCUGGAUCCUACCCUGGUGGAAAUGGUUCUCAGUGAAUACAAAGAAGUUGAGGUUGUAGACCAUCUUUUGGAGCUUUCAAACGCAGCAAAAAUGGAAUCCCAGUCUGAAUCCGCAGACAAAUAUGGUUUUGAUAUGAUAGCAUCAUACCUGGAUGGCGAUCAGGCAAAUUUGAGCCCUGGAAUACUUGGAGAUGUUGCUAAUGAACCCACUUCAACUGAAGAAUCUCAGGCUGAAUUUUGUAUGGACAUGGCACUGUCUAAUGACCUAGAUUCGUUGUUAGAUGAGGCACUUAUUCGAUUCAGCAAUUCAGAACAUGCUCCUGACACAGCAGAGUGUAACAUGUUUGACAAUGUUGACUUUCAAGAUUUACUUCAAACUGCCUCUGCUGAAGAUGUCUCAUUCCCCUUGCAGCAUUCAGAGACCGAUGGCCACACUUCAGGAGACAUAGACAUUGCAUAUGACAUGUACCUGGGCAUUCCGGAAAACAAAGUCAAUGACGCAAUUACUGAUUGUAGUACAGAAACAGAAUUCACAAAGACAUCUGAGAUGAAUGAUCUGGAAAGAGAGUUCAACGUAAAACUAGAUAUGUUUUCAGAAUCUGCAGAACAGUCAUCCCAAGCUUCUGCUUGCGUUCCAGAAUCCAUUGAGAAGAUUGAGACAGGUGAUCAAAAAGUGAAUCCUUUUGAUGUUAAACCAGCAUCCAUCCCUUCCAGGAGCUCAUUGUCACAUGAAUCUUGUAGGUAUCAACAGGUGUGGAAUCCUUUGGCUCCGACAUUUUACCCUGUAUCCGUUCCAACACAAAGAUUUGUUGCACCGGUUUCCACUGGUCCUGCCACAUGGACAUUUGUUACAGAUCCAACAAUUGUUGCUCCAGGCACCUACUUCACUCCUCCUGUGGCCCCAUACACAUGGAACAUUGGGCAAUUUUCUCCAAACAACUGGUAUGGUAACCAUGUAACAUCCACAAGUCAGCAUGAAGCCGAGCCGCAAACAGUUCAUCAGAGUCCCAAAAAAAUGACACACUUUGCAGGAAAAGUGCUUAUUUUGCUGAGAGGUGCUCCUGGGUCUGGGAAAUCUACACUGGCAAGGAUGUUGUUGCAGAAGAACCCAUCUGGAAUUAUCCUAAGUACAGAUGAUUAUUUUGCUCGGGAAGGCCUGUACCGAUAUGAUCCAUUCUGUUUAGGGGAGGCACAUGAAUGGAAUUAUAAACGUGCCAAAGAAGCCUUUGAGAAAAAUGUGUCACCUAUCCUCGUAGACAACACCAAUAUGCAAGGAUGGGAAAUGAAGCCCUAUGUGUCUUUGGCCGUGAAACACAAAUACAAAGUAAUGUUCCGUGAACCAGAUACUUGGUGGAAGUAUAAACCAAAAGAACUUGAAAGGAGAAACAAACACGGAGUGAAGAGAGACAAAAUCGCAAGGAUGUUAGAUAGUUUUGAGCGCGUUACUGUCAAUUCCAUCUUGAAUUUAUCGCACCCCAAAAUUUCUGAAAAAGCUAAUGUUGGUCAAACAACUCUGGCAAACAAGGAAGGGCAAAACAAUAUAUUGUCCACAACGUUGAUAAAAGAAGAUGAUGUUACUUCUUCACAGAAAACACAUGAAAUUAUUAUAGACACCAGUGUCUCAGGAACUUCUUCUAUCUGCUCAGAAAUCACAUCAGAUGCCAACACUUCAAAAAAGGAAGACAAUACAGAUUUUGAGGUUGAGACAUCUAAUGAUUUAAUGCCAUCUGGAGACAAAAUGUGUAGCAGCCACAUUGUCAACACGUGUGAUGAAAUUAGUCAAGUGCCCUCUCAACAACAAAUUGCAGUUAAUGAGAAUGCUCUAUAUUCAGAUGAGUCUUCAUUAUUGCUGAGCGAAAAGCCAGAAUUAUUAAAUUUUGUUGGUGACUGGCCUGUAGAACAACAGACAAUGACCCAGAGAGCUCCAAGAAUUAGAAAGAAGGUCAGACCAAAUAAAACACAUAAACUGCCUUCUCACCAGAUUUGCGAAGAUGAUAAGAAUACUAGCAGCCAAUCAAAGCAAACAGAUAGCGACCCUGUAAAGCCAGCUGGCCCGUCCCUAACUGAAGAUAUCUCUGUUUAUUGCUCUUCAGAGCUUAGUGGUGACGUUCCAAGACAAUGUAAGGAAGAAGAUGCAUUAAGUGCUGAAAAUGAAGCCUGUAUUAUUUCAGAAAGAAUGUCAGAUGACGCCUGUGAUUCUGAAGGAGAACAAAACCCUAAUCCAGAGGUAGUUGACCUGAUUUCUAACCUGCUGCAAAAUGUUAGCGAGGCAGUUGAAGAUAAGCAAAACAUAGAUCUGUUGACCAGUAUAAAUGAAGAUGAAAACAUAAUUUCUUUUGGUAAACCUGGUGUGCUGCCAAAGCAACUCGAGCGUAACUGCCAUCUUUACAAAUUAACGUCACCUGUCUCAAAUUGUACCGAUUCUUCAAACAUGGAUGAAAACCAGUCCAAAUCUCAGUAUCAAGAGACAGAUGAGGACAUAAGUGUUGGACCCAACAAGUUGUCACAAACUGAACCGCAUGAAUUUGCAUUAUUAUGGAGGAUAGAGAGAAAAAACUUAAAUGCCCUUGAACCUACAAAAGUUCUUACUGGGAAAAGUGAUCGCUUUAAAUCAAAACUGGUGGAUGAAAGUUCAGACUGUCUGGAAAAUAUACCGUACAGAGUUAUGCAUCAUAAAAGUACAUUUGUGGAAGAAGAUGAGAUAACCAGCUUGGGUGAUGAGGAUAAUCUUAAUAUUCUCUGUAAGCUAUUUAGGUCUCUCUCAUUUGAUGUUCUAAAUGACCUCUAUGAAAGAUGCAAUAAAGAUAUCCUGUGGGCAACAAACCUUCUGCUUGAUUCUGGAGAAAAGUUGCACAUUGAUGAAGACUGCUCACCAGCAGGCUCUGACAGAAGUGAAGGAGAAGAACAAACAGAUUCAGAUAGUUUUUGCCAAUCAAAUCGGAGUUUGAAGAACAACAACGACAAUUUUGCAAGUCUUGAUAGAUCUUCUGACAUCUCAGUGGCUGGUAACAACAGAUUUAUAGGCAGUGAAAUACUAAUGGAAUGCUCUGACGUGAUGAGUACUGUUCUCCAAAUUGUUUCAGAAGAGUCCAGUAAUUUCAAUGCUUCAUCUGUUUCAGACUUGUCAAAUACAGCCAAUAAGUCUCCUGAUAUAAUUUAUAAAAGUAGCCUUGACAAAAACUGUGAAGUCCUUCCUGUGUCUCUUAGUGAGGAGUCUGAUUUAAAAACCGAAAAUCUACAUGUGUCAACUUAUGCCAAGGAAAGAAUUAACUCUUGUUUAGAAUUAAAUGAUACGCUUUCAGAUAGUUCUCAAAAGCCAAGUCUUUCUGACUCAGAUGAGUCUCAAGAGGAACUUGACAUUAAAAACAAAAUUUCAUUGCUGGAAAAUUGUGAAGUUACAGGUGACUCACCAAGAGUAUCUACUGAUCCCAGAGAAGAGGAUAAGACAAAGAAAAGUGAUGGUGAAUCUGUAUCCAAGAAGUCUUUGCAAUUUGAUCAUCUAGAGUUAUCUUUGCCUCCAGAACUUGCCCAUCAGCUCAGUGAAUUGUUUGGACCAGUUGGUAUUGAUCCAGGAUCGUUAACUAUUGAUGAUUGUGUGGUCCGAAUAGAUUUAAAUCUGGCUCAAGCUAUCCACAAGAGAUGGAAAGACUCAAUUACAGAGCGCCAAGAAGCAUUGUCAUAUCAACUUAUAUUUGAAGACAGUGAACAUUUGGAUGUGGAUAAUAUGAUCAUUAAGGAUGAAUUUCCUGGUGAGACUUACACCCAGGAGACAUCAGACGUGUUUCCAUUCAUGGACCAGUGGAAUGCACGCACUAAGAAAGUCUCAUUGCGGCAGAUAAUGUCAGAGGAAAUUGCUUUACAAGCACAAGAAGAUUUGAAAAGAUCUUCCCCGAUUAAAAACUGUGCUUCAAAGUUGAAGGAGAAACAACUUUUCGAAAUGUUUCCUUUUGUUGAACAGAAAUUGCUUAUGGACAUUUUUAAAGAAAACAAUUAUUCCUUAGAGAAAACAGUGCAGUUUAUGAGUUCUGUCCUUGAGGCUGGUCCAGUGCACACAGUUAUGGCUCCAGAUAUCAAACCAACAGCGAGUGGUACUACUGAGAAAUCAAGAGAAAAGAAAUCUGUUCUAGAAAAAGAAAUCCUCUCCGGAAAAUACUUCCAAGACUUCGAUGCCCCAGAUUAUGAUGAUUUCAGGGCUGAAGCUUUCCUAUAUCGAAAGAAGCAGCAGGAGAAUUACAAGAAGGCGGCCGAAGCUCACUCCAGGGGCAUGAAGCAAGUUGCAUCUUUUUAUGCACAACAGGGUCAUCUCUAUGGGGAAAAGGUGAAAGAAGAAAAUCGUAGAGCAGCUGUGCAGAUUUUCCAGAGAGCUAAUGAAUUCCUUCUGCCAGAGAACAUAUUAGACUUGCAUGGACUACAUGUUGAUGAAGCUAUGAAACACUUCCGCCACGUGCUCAAGGAUAAGCUGGAAGAAUAUAAACAGAAUGGAGGUAAAGCACAUCUCUCUGUAAUUACUGGAAGAGGAAAUCACAGCCAGGGCGGAGUGCCCCGCAUCAAACUCGCUGUCACAGACUAUCUCACUAAUCACAAGUUCAGAUUUACAGAGGCAAGACCCGGAGUGCUGUGUGUUGCUCUGAAAUAAAAUCCUUCACUGGAUCAAGAUCACAUUUUUUACUUCGCAAAUCCAUAUAGAAUGAUGUGAACAUUGUUUUUUUGCUUUGUGCUGUCAUGUGUUUGUUUACACAGAUUUAAAGGAGCAGUCUGAUGCAGCUUUUUUUAAGUUAAAGGGACACUCUAGGCAUCUCAUUAAGUGGUUGUGGUACUUGAAAUAUCCUAGUGUUUCUUUAAGGAAAAAGUUGCAUUAUGUUUUUAAAACUUCUGAGAGAACAAAUGUAAAUAAGUCUUUUUUAGUUAACAGGUUGAGUGCCACCUGUUUGGACUAUCCGCUGUGUGUCCUAUUAGUUUUUUACUAAAAAGAACAAAACCAACUACUAAACAUGCAUGUAUGUAUAUACGUAUGAUAUAUGUGUGUAUAUAUAGAGAUUUGUAUUUAUAUACAUAUAGAUGAAUGCAUGUGAACACACAUAUAUGCAUAUAUACAUACACAUGGCUGGACGUUUGAUGUUAGAACAUGUAGGGUUAGUAAAUGUACUAAUUCGUUUUUCUUCUGGCCCUUAUAUCUGUAAUAAUUUACAGACCUGAAUAUGUGUGUGUGUGUAUAUAUGUAUAAUAU